UGCCAGAUUGUCCGGUACCCGCUGCCUUGCCUGCUGCUCCGCCUGAUGGCCCGGUGCCUGCUGCUCCGCCUGAUGGCCCAGUGCCCGCGGUUCUUCCAGAUGACUCGGUGCCCGCUGCUCCACCUGAUGGCCCGGUGCCCGCUGCUCCGCCUGGUGACCCAGUGCCCGCGGUUCUGCCAGAUGACUCAGUGCUUGCUGUCCUGCCAGAUGACUCGAUGCCCGUUGUCGAGCUUGAUGACUCGGUGCCCGCUGUCGUGCCAGAUGACUCGGUGCCUGCUGCUCCGCCUGAUGGCCCAGUGCCCGUGGUCCUGCCAGAUGACUCGGUACCCGCUGUCCUGCCAGAUGACUCGGUGCCCGCUGUCGAGCUUGAUGACUCGGUGCCCGCUGUCGUGCCAGAUGACUCGGUGCCCGCUGUCGUGCCAGAUGACUCGGUGCCCGCUGUCGAGC